CCCUCCAAAGACGGCUGUGGGCUAGUGAAAAAUUGAAAGGUGAAAAUUUCAUUGUUUUGUCCCUACUCGUCGUUCGUUUGCGUGUUGGGUGUUGUCAACUUUUUUCCUUCUGCCAUCGACAUUCUCGGGAAAUUUUCUCUCGAGUAAAAUGUAAUUUUCUCCGCCAAAAUGGACUUUUCCGGUGUGGUUUGUACAGUAUUUGCCGGGGAGUGUCCUGCCGUGUCCAAUUCAACUCCGGAUGAGGAUGAAUCGUCCUUUAUUUCCGGUCGUCUAGCGGAGAUCGAAUCCUGGCUGGAUGAAAAGCUUGCCAAUCAUCCGUUCCGGGAAGAGGAGGAACGCGUUUCGGUCGAUCCGGAGGGAAGACUCGGUCCCAAGCGAUCGAUUUUUGAUGUUACCGAGGAUGGCUCGAUUUUGGUAUCCAAGGAUAAGUUGACGCUGCAGUCGCAGAAUGCCUUUUCGACCGUGAAAGCCAACUGUUGUGUCUAUGCUGGGCGGUGGAUGUAUGAGGUUCAACUCCGUUCGAAGGGAGUGAUGCAAAUAGGGUGGUGCUCUGCCCAUUGUAGAUUUACUCAGGACACCGGUGUAGGCGAUACCCGUUACAGUUACGGUUUGGACGGUAGUAAGCAACGAAUUUGGCACGUCUACACCCAGAAGUAUGGUCCCUUCUGGAGGUCGGGCGACAUUUUCGGAAUCUGUGUCGAUAUGGACGAGGGCAAAAUAGAGUACUAUCGGAAUGGAACGGCCCUGGGUGAAGCUUUCAAGGACAUCGAACGUGGUCCCGGUUUGGCGCUUUAUCCAGCUGUUUCGCUUGCCUUCAACGACAGUCUCACUGCCAACUUCGGAGGGUCACCUUUGAAGCAUCCCAUCGAUGGCUACCGAUGCCUUCAGGACCCCCCGAAUAUGUAUCUGUUUCAAGCAGACUACCUUCUGAAGUAUCUUGUCAAUUUGUCUGGUGCAAUAUCGCGACAGUCUCAGACUUCAAAUUAUGGCGAAAGCUCGAAACGAACCGGAAUUUCAUUGGAAUCAUGUUAUAUGCUUCUUGCUUCAAUUUUAAUAGAAAAACUUGCUCCGCUUCUAGCCAACACAUACGUUGUUGAAGAUAAAGUUUUCAAAUACAUUAAGGGCAUGUGCGUUCUUCGAAGUAAUGCUAAGGUAAACGAAUCGCCAAUCCAACCCGGUUCUCUAGAGAGCACUCUUGGCUCUUUCCUCACACUGCUUUGGACUUAUUUGGAGCCGGAGGAGAUGAAACAUUUUUUGAAGAAACUCUUAAACUUUCUGGCCAAUACCUACAAGGAAACGCCACUAGACCUAGAAUAUGAGAAACAACGAAAAAUCAUCGUCAUUCUCACCUGCAUAUGUCAACAUCCGCAGACGCGCAAAUAUUUGCUAGAGUACAAGUUCUUUCGCAAAAACUGUCUCCCGUUGUUCCUUUACACAAAACCGCCCGAUGAGGCCACGCUGGAACAACUGCUACCAGACGAUGCCAUUUGGACCGAGGGCCUGGGUGGAUCCAAGGACGUCUAUAUGACUGCGUGCGACAAGCUGAAAGCCCACACCGGUGUGCUGUACACACUGCAGAAAAAUUUGAUCCACAUUUUGCUGAACAAUCGCGAUGGCGAUGAAAAUUGUGCUCCUUCGAGUCGCAAAAUCUUCAUGGAAAAGUUGCGCAAAUUCGUGAUGGAUAACAACUCGGAAAUGAGGGGUUUGCUAGUUUCCUCAACCCAACCAGCUAUUGGGUUGUCCUUCCUGUGCACUCUGCUGGACGUUGCGCGUACCCUUUGGGACGAAGAAGUGGUGCAGGUGGAAGCAAAUAACGACCAGCAGCAGGAUGGUUCCGGUAGCGGAUCAUCCCUCCAGCAGACACCUUUUAUUGAUUAUCGUUUCUUUUACGAUGGUACCUUCAAAUAUACCAACGUGGAUCGUAUUGGUGGGGUGCUGUCCUAUCUGAAGAAGCACUUCCGAACGCAAUUGGUAGCCCGGCUAGGAGAAAAACAUCCCAGUUUGGCCACCGUCGAACAGGCAUCGGAUUUGAGGAAUGAAAUCGCUGCAUUCAACGCCUUUCUGGAUUCAGCCAUUUUCCUGGUUUCUGCGGGUCCUAAUUCAUCGUACUCGGCCGUUACACGAGUUGCUUCAAACAUUGCUUCCGAGAUGCAACAACAUCUUCAGCAACAGCAGCAGCAACAACAGGGCGGCGAAUCAUCUGGCGCUAGUCGUCCUGUGAGUGGUCAAGGAGUUCCGCCCAACGUUCCCUGUUCUGCCCUAGAUGAUCGGCUGUCAAUUUGCGAUCUCUUGGAUUGUGCGGUUACUUUCUAUUUUUCGGUGGCUCACAAGUAUGUGGUGAUGAUUGCCGAUCUGCGGGAUAACAUAAGCCAUCUGUCGGAUAUUUUGCUAGAGACGAAGACAAACUGCGACGACGUGGUGCACAAUCUGGAGGAACUCAAACGAGCUGCUUGUCAAGGAGGAAAUUCCGGCUUUAGUAAGACCCACGAGGAACUGAUGCAGGAACUGGAUACUAGAUUCGGGCAGAGGAAAAGUAUUUUCGCUAAACGUUCCAUGGAAUUGGCGAGGAAGCAGGCUUGGUACCGGUCGGUGGCGCUCGGAAAUCAUCGCCGAAGUUUGCUUUGCUGGUUGAUGGAAAUAAUCUUCAAAACCGUGCAGGGUUUCAGCGCCGAAGAUGAUCUGUUCUCGUUUCUCCCGGAGACCUACAUCAACGUGAUACCCAUCCUGCUGGAUACAAUUUUGGACUUCAGUUUCCACGACAUUGCAAUUCAGCAUGAACUGAGCGCCGAUCGGAAGCUUAUUGAUUCGGCGGCCGAAUUCUUAGCCUCGCAUUUAGCCGACUCACGGGUCAUUUUGGCGUCUUGCAAAGAUGCCUUGAUUCAGGCCCUCGGGUCUCUAACUUGCCACGAAGCUGGUAUCAGAUCGCUGGAGCAGUGUUCGCAUAAAAGUCAACAAGCACUAAUACGAGCCUUGCUGCGACCCUACGAGAAUCGAGCCUGGGGACAGAGCAACUGGUUACUGUUACGAUUCUGGCUUGGUGAUGGUUUCGCUUAUAGAGAAUCCAGACCACCCUGCGUUUGGCAAUCUAGCAAGCAGCCCAUGCGUUCACUGGGCUUGUAUCGAAGCAGAGCCAAAAACGGAACUCACACCGGACUGCUACAUCUGAUUGCACCGGCCUGUCCUUCGAAACACUUUCAGCAGAUGAUUUGUGAAAUGUUGAGCAAAGACGAACCUUACUGCACGACGUUCAUGAACUCGGUGUUGUCUCAGCUGAAUUGGGCCUUUUCGGAGUUUAUCCACAUUCUUCAAGACAUUCAAAAUGCUUCUCAGCGUGACGACCAACAAGUGGUGGAAACGAAACAGCUGAAGAUAUGUUCCAUGUGCUUCGAACUGACGGUGUCGUUGAUGCGUGCCCUCGAAAUGAUUCUGACCAUAACACCGGGGUUGCUGCAGGACGUCGCUGGCGGAAAAAGUGAAAUCAUUCUUGGGCGUAUUUGUCAGUUGGUGAUUCAAGUGCUUUCGCGCGUUACCGCACCCCCGGGUUGUUUCCAGUUUGUGAUGGACCUAUGUUUGCCUGAUCUAAGUAACGUCACCCACUUUACCAUAAUCAGCGCAGCCAUCGGGAUCCUUCUGGCGUUGAUGCGCAACGAACUGCUCCUGGAAGAUACGGCAGGUGGCAGUGGAGUCACAAAGGUCCCACGUAUCUCGAAACACCUCCUAACGGAUACCAGCUUUCACAUCAGCAGCCUAGAGUUUGCCCUUGGAGAAAUUAAAACUCCGAUCGCCACUUCCAGCGAUGAAGCUCCCAGGGGAAACUUCGAUCCCAAAAUGCGAGCCCACAUUGAUCCGUUGACCAAUGAAGUGCGGGUGCCGUCUCCAUUUCGGGUACUGAUCGGUACCAAGGAAAUCGUCCCGGAUCCACCGAUCAUCAAGUUCAACAUGGCUGAUUAUCCAAGUCACGUGUCUCAGGAGGAGUUGAACAGGGUGCGAAGGUUGAUUGAAUUUUUGCAACUGCGGCAAACGUUGCUAUCGGAGAUAACGGUGUUUUCGGAAGAAUCCCUGUGUCCGAUUUGCUACGCGAAACAGAACUCGGCCGUUUUUCAUCCCUGUCAGCAUCAAUCGUGCGAGAAUUGCAUAAUCCAGCAUUUGAUGAACAACAAGCUUUGCUUUUACUGUAAGAACAUUAUAACAAAGGUGGACCGAUCGGACGGAUUCGUCCUGUAUGAAAACAAUGCUCCCUUCAUUGUACCAUCACUGCCACAAACGACGAGCUCAUCGCAACAAACCGAAGACCCCAACACGGGCGGCGAAGACGAAGGAGAUGGACCGAGUGACCCUUAAAAACAGAUGAUGUCCCACUCGAGAAAAAAUCCCAAAAUCUAGUCAUAUUCUACACGUAAGUUUUUCCAUAAAUCUCGUAAAGCUUCUGAUGCUCACAUUUUUUAUAAAGACAAACUCUCUAUAUUAUUACUGCCUGAAAGCUUCUAGUCAAUGCGCAUUCCCUCUGAAUUAAGGUAACCAUGAAGUAAGAAUUCGAAACGUCGUCAUACGCGUUAGCGCAGAUAUUUCAAUUUAAAUGUUUGAAUCAUGGUUAGUUGAUAAAUUGCAUAGUACUGCAGAAGGAAAGACACUUUUACACGUUGUUAUAUUAGCUUACUGCUUCAUACAUCAGUAGAUUUUAUUCGUUCCCGAGAAUGAAAAACGCACAAAAUGAAAAUUAAAUUAGAAA